AUGGCCGCUUUACAAGCUUCCUCUCUCUUGAUCCCCUCUUCAUCCUCCUCGGCUCGUUCUUCGAAGAGAACGGUCUCGGCUUCGAUCCAUGUCCCGAGGAUCCCUAAACUCCGCCUCUCUCAUCCGAGCUCGGCGAUGACGCAAAAACUGGUCGACGAAUUCAGCAACAGGAGCGGUUACACCAUCACGGAACCCUUGCAAAUGGACGUCGUGGAGAAAGUUAGGCUUUCCGAGCCACGCCGUUCGCCUAGCCAAUCGCCUACUGGUUCUGUUGAGACGAGUACGAAGCUCUACGCGAUCCUGGAGGCUGUCGAGGAUAGGGUGGAGAUGCACGAUAACAUCGGCAAGCAGCGGGACAACUGGAACAAGCUCCUGCUGAACUCGGUCAACAUGAUGACCCUCACCGCCACCACCGCGGCGGCCAUCUCAGCUGCCAUGCCAGCACCAUCGCUAAGAGCGUGCUCCACUCUCUUAUUUACUGCCGCCACCGGAAUGUCGCUCGUGAUGAGCAAAAUCCAGCCCUCGCAGCUGGCCGAAGAGCAGCGCAACGCCUCGAGGUUGUUCAAGCAACUUCAGAGCGAGAUCAAAUCUAUGCUAGCACUCCAGUCUCCGACGGAGUCAGACGUGAAGGAGAUGAUGGAGAAGGUGCUGGCGCUCGAUAGAGCUUAUCCACUGGCUCUGCUUGGAAAGAUGAUCGAGAAGUUCCCCGUGAAAUUUGAGCCCGCCGUGUGGUGGCCUAGAGUUUCCAACAACCGCCGCCAAUCGCGAGGGCGAAAAACCUUCAUGAACACGGAGCAAAACGGAUGGAGCGAGGAGCUGGAAGUGGAGAUGAGAGCAAUCAUCCAAGUCCUCAAGAGCAAAGACAAGAAAGACUACUUGAGGCUCGGAAACUUGGUGCUAAAACUGAAUAAGAUGUUGGCGGUUUUGGGUCCUUUACUCGCCGGCAUCGCCGCAGCCAGCUCGGUCUUCGGCGGGUCGACGGCCAUGAUGGUGGCCGCCAGCGCUGGUGCAAUGGCGGCAAUCGUCAACGGCUUCGAGCACGGGGGACAAGUCGGCAUGGUCGUGGAGAUGUACAGAAACUGCACCGGGUUCUUCGCGCUCAUGGAAGAGACGAUCGAAGCGACGCUCGAAGAGCGAGACUACGACAGGCGAGAGAACGGAGAGAUGUUCGAGAUGAAGGUGGCGAUGAAGCUGGGGCGGAGCUUGUCGCAGCUCCGAGACCUGGCAAGAAAAUCAAUGACUUCUUGCUUAGAGGGCAUCGAGGUGGAGGAAUUCGGAAGCAAGCUUUUCUGAAACUCUUUUUGAACAAGAUAGUAGCUGGUACAUAAUGUACAUGUACAAGUUACGCUCAUUAACAUGAUUCUUUCAUUCCUUGAUUCUUGGCACAUAUUUGGUGCACAUUGAUGUAACAAAGAAAAAGGAGCAUAAAAAUGCUCAUCUUGGUUUAACUUUGUUUUAACUAAAUUAAAGCUUGUUCAUUCGAU